AUGAAAAUUACCACGCCACAAUCCAGCGAGUUCCCCAAAGGUUAUAAAUUUAAAUUGAUUGCUUAUAAUAUUGAAAAUCAAUCGGAAUUAGUGCUAAUUGAUAAUCACCAUGCAGAAACCGAAAGAUUAUUUUUACAGUUAGCCCAAGAAAAGUUUGCCUCAGUAAAAGAAAUAUUUACUCAUUUGGAGAAAGCAGUUAAGACCGGACAGAAGCAUAUUCAGCCGAAAAAUGUCUCAAUUGCUAAUGAUUUAGCGGUUAUUAGUAGGAUAUUAAGCAAAACUCGAUUAGAACUCUUUUCCGUGGUAUUGGCCAACUGUAAAGUUAUCAAAUUGAAAAAGACUAAUCAAGAAAUUAAACCAAUUGCUUUAUACGACCAAAUUGUAAUUUCUUAUCCUGAAAAAUCAAAUGAACAUUUAGAAAUAGAAGCCAAUUAUGACAAAGAAUUAGAGCAAUUAGCAGCACAAAAAACUUUUACAAACAUCAGCCAACACCAUCGCCGAAAAGAAACUGACCCUUCUGAACUUCUUAAAAAAAUAGAUUUAUUAGGAGAAGAACUAAUGAAACAAGACAUCAGAAUCUCGAUCGUUACCGGUCUUAUUGAAAAACACCCUUAUCCUACCUGUUGCGAAGCAGAAAAGCAAAGAUUAGGAGAAGUCAAUAAAGAAAUAGAAAAUAGAGUCAAUA